CUGACCAGAAACGAAACGUCGCCCGAGUCAAGUUCCUUCUGUCACGUACUUGGCUUUAGAAUCGAACAAUCUGCAGUAAUUCCUCUGUUAUCGAAGGAGCGGGGAAUCAUCUUUCCCUGACAUACAGUCGGGUGUCUCGUCUUGAGUUUAUUACUGAAUGCUAAGCAACGGAACUACAUGCUGUAUAGCGAUGGACAGCCAGCUAAAUGGACCGUAAGGCUUGCGAAUCAUCUUGAGCCAAGCAGCUGAGCCGGCGGUAGAUGAGUGGCUGUCACCAUGCCCCCCGGGGUCCACGCCAUGGCGGAUAGCUGGGAGGAAGAGGGCCAGCAGGUGGAGUUGGACUUCCUGUUGCCCACCGGGAUCUACCUGCACUUCCCCGUGUCACGCAACGACACGAUCGGAGCCAUAAAAAAGACGGUGUGGAGGAACGCGAAAAGCGAGCCCCUCUUCAGCUUGCUGGGCGACCCGGACGCCUAUGUGUUCACCUGCAUCAACGAGACGGCAGAGCAGGAGGAGCUGGAGGAUGAGCAACGGCGGCUGAGCGACGUGCGGCCCUUCCUGGCCUUCCUGCGGCUGGUGGCCCGCGAGGGCGACCGCGUGGAGAAGCUCAUCAACUCCCAGAUCAGCCUGCUCAUCGGGAAAGGCCUGCACGAGUUCGAUUCGCUGAAGAACCACGAGGUGGACGAGUUCCGCACCAAGAUGCGGACGUUCUGCGAGGAGCGGGCGCUGGACCGGCAGAAACUGCUCUGGCAGAAGUGGAUGGAGUAUAGCUUCCCCUGCGACCUGGAGCCCUGUGCCCGGCCGGCCCGCGGGGCCAGGAAAAUCAUCGUCAACGUCAAGUUCGAGGCCAGCGACGAGAGCUUCAUGCUCCAGCUGGAACCUCAGGAACAGCCAGUGGCGCUGAUGCGGAGCGCCCUGAAGAAGAAGGCCACUGUCUUUCGGCCGACAAAGCUGGAGAAGCCCGAGGACUACACCCUGCAGGUCAACGGCAGAUGGGAGUUCAUCUAUGGGAGGUACCCCCUGUGCCAGUUCAAGUAUAUCUUCUCCUGCAUACACAGCGGCCAGACUCCCCACCUGACCAUGGUGCACCACACCACCAUCACCAAGUACCAGGAGGAGCAGGGGGGCCUCAACAGCCAAGUGUGCAAGUCCCGAUCCUCAUCGAAGCCUCCCCCAUUGCCCCUCAAGAAGCAAACCACAUCCUCCCUCUGGUCCAUCCAGGAGUCCUUCACCAUCCACCUGGUGCAGGGCAGCCGGGUGAACGCCGAUGAGGGCAUGAAGCUGGUGGUCACAGCGGGCCUCUUCCACGGCAGCGAGCUGCUCUGCAAGAUGGUGACCAGCAGCGAGGUGAGCGUGUGCUCGGAGCCAGUCUGGGACCAGAAGCUGGAGUUUGAAAUCAACGUGAGCGACCUGCCCCGCAUGACACGCCUCUGCUUCGCCCUCUAUGCCGUUAUUGAGAAGAGCAAGAAGCCCCGCUCCACCAAAAAGAAGAACAAGAAGGCUGAUUGCCCUCUGUCCUGGGUGAACACCAUGGUGUUCGACUACAAGGACCAGCUGAAGACGGGGGAGUUCUCCUUGUCCACUUGGCCGUCCGUCCCAGAUGAUAAAGGCGACCUGCUGAACCCCAUGGGCACCGUGGAGAUCAACCCCAACACGGACAGCACGGCAGGCCUGCUCAUCCGCUUCCCCAACGUACGGCCCCAUCCUAUCUACUACCCCCCGCUCGACAAGAUUUAUGAGUUGGGAAUCAAUGGGAGGAAGAUAGUGGCCACUAAAGAGGAGCACAUGAAGCUGAGUGAGAUUGUGGAGAACAAGAACUACACGGAGUUCUUCGAGGACGACAAGGAGGUGCUGUGGAAGCUUCGCUACGAGCUGCGGGACAAGUACCCCGAGAGCCUGUCCAAGCUGCUGCUCGUCACCAAGUGGAACAAGCACGAGGAUGUGGCGCAGAUGGUGUCUCUGCUGAGGACGUGGCCCGACCUGCCGGCCCUGCAUGCCCUGGAGCUGCUGGACUACAGCUUCCCCGACCGCUGCGUCCGCUCCUUCACCAUCAGGUGUCUGAGGAAGCUCAGUGAUCGUGAACUGUUCCAGUACUUGCUACAGCUUGUCCAGGUUCUGAAAUAUGAGUCUUACUUGGAUUGCGACUUGACAAACUUUCUUCUGGAAAGGGCCCUCUCCAACAAGAAGAUCGGGCAUUUCUUGUUUUGGCAUCUCAGGUCCGAAAUGCACGUGGCCUCUGUCAGCCUGCGCUUCGGCCUCAUUCUGGAGGCCUACUGCCGGGGGAGCACCAAUCACAUGAAGAGCUUAAUGAAGCAGAACGAGGCGCUGAACAAGAUGAAGUCCCUGAACGACUUUGUAAAGUCGGGCUCCCAGAAGAGCUCUCGCGCCCAGACCACGGGGGACAUGAAGGUGUGCAUGAGACAGGAGGCGUACCAGGAGGCACUUUCCGACCUGCUGUCCCCGCUCAACCCCAGCCUGAUCCUCUGCAAAAUCUGUCCGGACAGGUGCAAGUACAUGGACUCAAAGAUGAAGCCCCUCUGGCUGGUGUAUAAGAACGACAGGGUGCAGGGGGACCCUGUGGGGAUCAUCUUCAAAAACGGAGACGAUCUUCGACAGGACAUGUUGACGCUCCAGAUGAUACAGCUGAUGGAGGUUCUGUGGAAGAAAGAGGGGCUAGACCUAAGAAUGAUUCCUUACGGCUGCCUCUCCACCGGGAACAAGACGGGCCUCAUCGAGGUGGUGAAGAACUCGGACACUAUCGCCAACAUCCAGCGCAACAACAGCAACAGCGCCGCCACCGCCGCCUUCAACAAGGACGCCCUGCUCAACUGGCUCAAGUCAAAGAACCCGGGGGACAAACUGGACCAGGCAAUCGAGGAGUUCACUCUGUCCUGCGCUGGCUACUGUGUAGCCACUUACGUCCUGGGGAUCGGAGACCGGCACAGCGACAACAUCAUGGUCAGGGAGACGGGCCAGCUAUUCCACAUUGAUUUCGGGCACUUUCUGGGCAACUUCAAGAGCAAGUUUGGGAUCAACAGGGAGCGUGUGCCGUUCAUCUUGACGUAUGACUUUGUCCACGUCAUCCAGCAGGGAAGGACCAACAACAAUGAGAAGUUUGAAAGGUUUCGAGAGUACUGUGAGCAGGCCUAUAAAAUUCUUUGUCGGAACGGGACCCUGUUUGUGAACUUGUUCGCCCUCAUGAGGGCUGCAGGACUCCCUGAGCUCAGCUCCUCCAAGGACAUUCAGUACCUGAAGGACUCUUUGGCUCUGGGUAAAUCGGAGGAAGAGGCCCUGAAGAACUUCAAAGUGAAAUUUAACGAGGCGCUACGAGAGAGCUGGAAGACGAAGGUGAACUGGAUGGUUCACAGUGUUGCCAAAGACAACCGGUGAAGGACUUUCAGAGGGCACUCCCGGAGGAGGGCGGGUUCUGGACACCGCCCUCGAGGACUCGCAUUAGGAGAUGGACUCACGCCACUAGAGGGGGCAGGAACAGAGAUCCACAGCAUUGCCCUCUUCCUUUUUGUUUGUUGUGCUCUCUCAUUAACCACUUUAACAAUGUUUAGGAAUGUUUACAUUGGCAAUAUGAUGUUGGUGGAGUUGGCACCUUUCACCAGGAGAGGCGAAACGGAUGUGAAGUGACCAAAGUUUCAGCUGAGUAAGACUGGGGUAUUGGCAAUACUCUGUGGACUUAAAGAAAAAACACGUGUGGUGUUUGAUAUUGUUUACAUCCGUUAAGGAUGAAGUC